GUCAACGCCGUGCUUACGGCUCAAAUCCGGCAGUCGAAAUACUCCGAUCUCCUCUCACUCCAUCGGUUCAUUACUCUAGCAGGUAUAGCUCCCAAUGUCAUUACCCACAAUCUGAUUUUCCAAACGUAUCUUGAUUGUAGGAAACCCGAUACUGCUCUUGAACACUAUAAGCAGCUGAUAAAUGAUGCACCUUUUAACCCUUCCCCCACCACUUAUAGGAUUUUGAUAAAAGGGUUGGUCGAUAAUGGGAAGUUGGACAAGGCUAUGGAGUUAAAGGAGGAGAUGACGGUUAAGGGUUUUGCACCAGACCCAGUUGUCUAUAGUUAUUUGAUGUUGGGUCUUGCGAGGAAUUCGGACCCUGAUGGCAUUUUUAAGCUGUAUGAGGAAUUGAAGGAUAAGUUGAAUGGGGUUGUGGAAGAUGGGGUUGUCUAUGGAAGCUUGAUGAAGGGGUAUUUCAUGAGAGGGAUGGAGAAGGAGGCAAUGGAGUGUUACGAAGAGGCUGUGGGGGAGAAUUCGAGGAUCAAGAUGAGUGCUGUUGCGUAUAACUCAGUGCUGGAUGCACUGAGUAAGAAUGGGAAGUUUGAUGAGGCUUUGAGUUUGUUUGAUACGAUGAUAAAGGAGCAUAACCCUCCUAGGCGGCUGACGGUGAACUUGGGAAGCUUCAAUGUGAUGGCUGAUGGAUAUUGUGCUGAGGGCAGGUUUAAGGAUGCUAUUGAGGUUUUCAGGAAGAUGGGUGAUUACAGGUGCAGCCCUGAUACAAUGUCUUACAACAAUUUGAUUGAUCAGCUCUGCAAGAACGGAAUGCUGGCUGAAGCUGAGGAACUAUAUAGAGAAAUGGGAGAGAAGGGGGUGAAUCCAGAUGAGUAUACCGGUGGCAUGUUGAUGGAUACUUGUUUCAAAGAGGGAAGACCAGAUGAUGGAGCAGAAUAUUUUAAAAAGAUGGUUGAUUCAGGGCUGAGGCCUAAUUUGGCUGUUUAUAAUAGAUUAGUUGAUCAGUUGGUUAAAUUGGGGAAGAUUGAUGAGGCAAAAUCAUUUUUUGAUCUGAUGAUGCCGAAGCUAAAGAUGGACGAUGAUAGUUACAAGUUCAUCAUAAAGACAUUGAGUGAAGCAGGGAGACUAGACGACGUGCUUAAAAUAGCUGAUGGAAUGUUGGAUGAUGAAAGCAUUGAGUUUAGCGAGGAGCUGCAGGAAUUUGUCAAAGUGGAAUUAAGAAAGGAUGGAAGAGAAGAAGAGUUAACAAAGCUAAUGGAGGAGAAGGAAAGACUAAAGGCUGAGGCUAAAGCCAGAGAAGCUGAGGCAGCAGAAGCUGCCAAGAGGAGUGCUAGGGCUGCUGUCGCUUCAUUGCUUCCUUCUAAAUUGUUUGGGAACAAAGAAUCGGAGACUGAGACUGCAGACCCAUCUGGAAAUGCUGUCGAAAUGGCUGAAACUGAGAAGCAGGAGGGCGUGGAGGAAGCUGUCAAUGUGCAAAAAACAGAAGCUACAAACAAUGAUGGAGCUGAGCAGGUAACAGCUUAAAUGUUUUGAUUGAGGAAAAAGGGGGGGGAGGGGGGGGGAAUGCCCUAUUGCAAUCUCAUCCUCUAAUCAGCAAUUAAUUUAUAUGUAAUCAGCAAUCAAUUUACGUGAUCAUGCUUCUAUUACUUCAUUUAUCAUCUCUGGAAAUCAAACUCGAUUUUGGUUUGAAGUCAUUGGAAAUUGGAUGUUUCUACUCUUUGAGUAAUUAUCUGUAUUUCCAAUUGUAAAAGAAACCUGAUGAUGGUUGGAUUUCUAGGCACACAGAGAUAUUUCAAACUGGUAUAGGUUUUGGUUUUGAACAAUUUUGAGUUUCCUCAACAGAUUCAAUUAAGAUCUAUUUCCAGUUUCAGACUUCA